AUGGUCGUCAUCGGCCACUCCUCGACCAUCGACUCCUGGAAGGUGCCCGUGGAGGUGGGUAUUGAGGAUCAACCAUGUGAGAUGGAGGUGGAUUCUGGAUCCUACCUCUCCAUGGUUUCCUGGCGCACAAUCAAACGCCUGGUGCCUACCAUCCACUGCCACAAGCUGGAAAAUCAAAAGCUGACCCUAAAGGACUAUCAGGGAAACCGUAUCCCUGUAGUCGGAACUGGACAUUUCAAACUAAGCUUUAAAGGGCAUACCAAAGUGCUGCCACUCACCAUCGUAGACAGAGACCACCCAAGCCUGCUGGGACUACAAUGGUUCACACCGCUGGGAAUUGAGGUGACGGGAAUCCACCACAUCGAUGAGGCGGACUGGGAAGCGGCACUCGGCCUGGCAAAGUACAUUGCUUCUGCUGUUAAAUUAAACUACAAGGAAAUGUGCCCUCAGUGCAAUGCCUUAGUGGAUCUAAUUGGGACAUGUUGGCCACGCAGCCUUGCGGGACAGCUGGUAGCCCGUCCCUGCCCUGACUAUUUCUCUGGAGUGCGAUAUAAUACCUCAAACAACGUGUACAGAGAAUGUUUUGCAAAUGGGACUUGGGCAGCCCGUGUGAAUUAUUCCCAGUGCCAAGAAAUCCUCCAUGAGGAGAAGAGAAGCAAACUGCAUUAUCACAUUGCUGUUGUGAUUAACUACCUUGGGCACUGCAUUUCUUUGGGGGCGUUGCUGGCAGCUUUUGUCCUCUUCAUGCGACUUCGGAGUAUACGAUGUUUACGAAAUAUUAUCCACUGGAACCUGAUCACUGCUUUCAUCUUGAGGAAUGCCACAUGGUUUGUGGUACAACUCACCAUGAAUCCAGAAGUUCAUGAAAGCAAUGUGCCGUGGUGCCGUCUUGUCACAGCUGCUUACAACUAUUUCCAUGUCACUAACUUCUUCUGGAUGUUUGGUGAAGGAUGCUAUCUACACACUGCUAUUGUUCUCACCUAUUCAACAGACAAGCUGCGGAAGUGGAUGUUCAUCUGCCUUGGCUGGUGCAUCCCUUUCCCCAUCAUUGUUGCCUGGGCCAUUGGAAAACUCUACUACGACAACGAGAAGUGCUGGUUUGGAAAGCGUGCAGGAGUUUACACUGACUACAUCUAUCAAGGUCCAAUGAUACUGGUGCUGCUGAUCAAUUUUAUUUUUUUAUUCAAUAUUGUCAGAAUCCUAAUGACCAAGCUUCGGGCUUCGACCACCUCAGAGACCAUACAGUACAGGAAAGCGGUGAAGGCCACCCUUGUGCUCCUUCCAUUAUUAGGAAUAACCUACAUGCUCUUCUUUGUUAACCCUGGGGAAGAUGAAAUAUCCAGAAUAGUCUUCAUUUACUUCAACUCCCUUUUGGAGUCCUUCCAGGGCUUUUUUGUCUCUGUUUUCUACUGUUUCCUGAACAGUGAGGUCCGUUCUGCAGUACGAAAGAGGUGGCACCGAUGGCAAGACAAACACUCCAUCCGUGCCCGAGUAGCAAGGGCCAUGUCCAUUCCUACAUCCCCAACUCGUGUCAGUUUCCACAGCAUCAAGCAAUCAACUGCUCUCUGAGAGCCAAAGUUUAGGGAGAAAAUUUUUACUGCCUUUCUUAUGUUACAGUUUAGGAAAGGCCAAGGGAUUUUGUCCGCAUUUUGCAGACAUUUUAUAGUAGAGGAACUGUUUGCAUUGGAGGGGAAUCUUUGUGAGAUUGGAACUGCAAGUCGUGGCAAACCAACUGGUUAUGAAACAAGGGGAACUCCAAGGCCUAUAACCACAAUGUUCCAUUAAAAAAAUGUUAUGGCCUAUUUUGUUUUAUAAUACACCUGAAGAUUUUUGUUCUGUUUGCUUACUAGUUUGGAAGAUGUUUAUCUAUCACAAGUGCUGCAGAAAGAAAGUUAGCAGAUUAUCCCCAGUUGGAAUUGGUGAGCAAUAAGCAAAA